AUGGCAGGCUCCAUGACGAGAACUGACAGUGCCAGGUUCCUUCAGCGUUACGUCUGGGGUUGGUGGUAUCGUGGGCAAGCGACUCUUGUCAAUCUGGAUCUCGAGGCCGAGUCGGCAGAAAAAGAGUCAAGGAGGAUGUCUGGCCGUCCAAAAUCCUCCCGCACGGCAACACACCCCCCCCUGCCCGUGCGCUCGGUACUCAACCUCGAACAGGGACAGCCCACUUGGUCUGAGGAGGCUUUGCUAGCCCUGGCCAUAACCGCCUGGUACGAACCCGCCGGCUUCGUCUGGUCUUUUCCAGAGAGACGGAUAGAGAAACUCCAGUUGCCGUCGGCUGCGUCAGGAAUGGCUGGUGUUCCUAUCGAAAAGAACCGUCGUCCUCUAUGCCAGUUCCAACGCCACGACUCGCCUGGCCAGAGUCCCGAAAUCGUCGCCUCUAGCCCGUUUCCGACCUGGUCCUCCUGUUGUCUUCACCAUCGACGCCGCCAAGACCAAGACUGGGGGGCAGGCGGCGGCGGCGGCGCCGUAUGCUCACCAGAUCGAGAACAGAACUAG